AAUAUGCACAAAGGGAAAGCGUUACAUUUGAGAGUGUAAACAACACUGCUUCUUAAAGAAAAGUCACAAAGACCAGUACAACGCAGCGUCUGCCUUUACACGUGUUUUACUAAUUCAUUCAUUGUUCCAACUAUGGUGAUUCUCAUAUAAAAACAACUCCACCUCAACCACAUAUCAUACAAACGAUUCUUUACUUGCUUCGCUUGUCUUCAGUUUUCUCUUUUUCUUUCCGACUUCUAUUGCUGUAAGUUCAGUUACCUUUGUUGCCUUUCAAGACAUGUGUCCUCUCAGGUUCAUCCUUGUCUUUUUCUCCGCCGCAUUGGCAGCAUAUUUUGCCUGGACCACUGUGCGUUCCUCCCCAGAGAUUGACCUCACCACCCAAGACCAGAAUAACAAAGCCUCCUCCAACGAUCAUUUCAGUUUCAACAAGAUGAUUCAGAAUGGAUUCUGGGUAUUUGUUGACAUGGCCAGCGGGAGGUAUAUAUGGAGAAAUUUGAUAUCCAGGACAGAUGGUGUUCAAGUAAAGAGCUCUUAGAUGUUGGAACUUCUCAAAUCUUGAUUGUUCAUGCACAAACUUUUAAUUCAUUAUUUUAUUUUCACUCCCAGUGUGAAGAAACCUGUAAAUUCUUGUCAUCCUUUUCUUUCUGCAAAUGCUUGAUAGGUAAAUGGGAAGUAGCCUGUACAAUUCUAAUAAUUUUGCAAACUAAUUUCAGUGUUCAUUUUCCAAA